AUGGCUCAUGCUCUCAAGGUGGACGCCGUUUUUCAGAGGCGCCGCCUGAGCUGCAGCUGGGUGGCUGGAGAGUGGGGUGAAUGCAGUAAGUCUUGUGGGAAGACUGGCACUCAGACACGCUCUGUACGCUGCGUCCAGCCUCUAGCCGACGGCAAGAUCAAAUCCAUCCGCAGCCGUUACUGCAGUGACGAGCGCCCAGAGUCUCGCAGAGACUGUAAUCGCAACCUGUGCCCUGCUGAGUGGAGGCUGGGCCCCUGGUCACAGUGCUCAGUGACGUGUGGUAAUGGUACGCAGGAGAGGCAGGUGCUUUGUCACACCCGUGACAACACCAUUGGACUGUGUCUGGACUCCAAACCAGCUGCAUUAAGACCCUGCAGAAUGGAUCCCUGCCCAAAACGUUGUCACGGUGACCGUUCUGCAUUCUGUCGCAUGGAGGUGCUGCAGCAGUAUUGCUCCAUGCCGGGCUUCCAGCGCAUGUGCUGCAAUUCCUGCAAGGUUGGCAAUUCUACAAAGACCACUUUGCAACCAUCCAAAUCGAAAAGCACCACCAAAGGACGAUCCACCACAACCCAAAGUCCUACACGCACCACGUGGACCACCACGGCAGCCUUUUUGCCGUCUACAGAAGGGAAAAGUGCCACAUCUGUGAGCACACCUUGGUUAUAUACAGCCUUGGCAACGUCAACUGAUACUCACAGAUAUACAACAGUGCCCUUAUAUCUAUAUACUACAACUCCUAUCUAUAAGCACACUACUCCAGAACAGAGCACAUCCUUUGCCAUUACUACACCAUCUAGGAUCAUAUCUGCACCUGGAAAUGACGUGACCGAAUUACCUGUUAGCACUGUUUCUGUAGCAACAAGGAUCUCAUCUGCACCUGGAAAAGACAUGGCACACAGCACCAAAUUACCUGUCAGCACUGUUUUCCCCGUAAUUUUCAGUGAUCUGAAUGAUGUUACUCUCAAUCCCAGCACCACCGUCCAGUUUAAAGAGUUUGAUGGGAGUAGUGGUGCACCAGAUGUGGACAGCAGUGCGGUAUUGCCGUCAACAACAGUGAAUGGUGUGAAUGAAAGCGAAUUGAUAACCUCUGGCAAUGUGGACAUCAGCAACCCAGUGACAGCAGAGGUGUUAACAACCACUAAAGAAACUGCACCCCUGGUACCAACCUCUAUAUCUACAACUUCCAGUACACCACUGUCCAGUACAACAGCAUCCAACACAGAGAAGACGAGCGAACGGCCGAAUAAAGUGGAAGAAGCGAGUGAGAGCAAUGCUAUUGAUAUACCAUAUCAAAUAAUCCCAUUGGACAACGAGUUUCCUGUGAAUAACAUCAUCCCCAGGAGAGGACGAGUGUUUCUGUGCGAGAAAACACGGAAUAAGCGCAUCCAAGAGCUGCUUGAGGAGAAGCGAAACUUUUUGAGGCGGAUGAAAAGAGCACAGGGAAUUUGAACCCUGUCCAGUUUCUCUUAUAGAGAUACAGCUGCCAAAUGCAACUUUUGAAUCCAGAUUUCAUCUUGGUAUUUGGGUCAAGACCUGAAAAAUGGCUAAAAUAUUGCAGUGAACUGAUGCUUUUUCCCUCUUUUAAUAACAUGGCAAACUGAUCUUUGUGGAACAAACUACUAGCAAGUGUUUGCACAGUUACUAUGAACCUCAACAACGUCCCUUUAGGAGGUUUCACUGAAGGAUCUUCUAAUUCAAAGUGAUUUUUCAUUUUAAGGGCUUAGUUCAUCCAAAAAUUUUAAUUCUGUCAUCAUUUAUUCAACCUCAUGUCUUUCCAAACCUGUAUGACUUUCUUCCUGCCAUGGAAAACAAACACAGAGAUUUAGCCAUUUUUUUUACACCAUUUUCCAUAUUAAAUAGGUGAAUGGUAGUGAGGAGCUGUGAAGAUCCAAAAAUGACAAUAAAACAUACAAGUUAUCUUCGAAGUCUUCUGAAGCCAUGUGGUAUUUUGCGAGAAACAAGUCAUUUUUCACAGACAGCAUCAUGAAUAAAUCAUGAAUCUUUAAAAUCACUCACAUUCCAGGAUAUUCAAAUAUGGUUCAUUAAGAUUUUUAUGGUACUUUUAUGGUUCUGUUUUGUCUAUUUGAAAGCUUGACUGCUUCUUGUCCCCAUCCCCUUUCAUCCAUUUUCAUUUCAUGUUUGGGUGAUCUAAAAAUCAUAGAAAGAGAGUUAUUAUCAUUUGCACAAAUCUGUGCUUCUCAACAUGUUUUUGCCCAAAUAUGCUCAAUGACCGAUACAGACGAUAGGCACAUACUGUAUUAUGGGUAAAUUAGCAUAGUUUUUUUUUUCAGUUGGCACCAGUCUGAAAUGUUCAUGUUGGCUAGGGCAGGGGUCACCAAACUAAGUCCUGGAGGGCCGGUGUCCUGCAGAGUUUAUCUCCAACUCUAAUUAAACACACCUGAACCAGCUAAUCAACGUCUUACUAGGUAUAUUUGAAACUUCCAGGCCGGUGUGUUGAGGCAAAUAGGAGCUAAACUCUGCAGGACACCGGCCCUCCAGGACCGAGUUUGGAGACCCCUGGGCUAGGGUGUGUUUCAGCUGAACAUUUUAUCAUAAAAAUGACUGAUAAUUUUACAGAGUCAAAAAUAUGGAACCUGUGGUAGUGAUGUGAAAAAUUAGCCCAGAGAAGUGAAUCAGAGAUAAAUGAGAACAUAACCAGACAUGACAUGCAGUUAAGACAUUUAUAUUCUUACCUACAGUAUAUCACAGCCUCAUCUGUUCUGACUUACAAGGUUGAAAAAGUUAAAAAAGUUAAAAAGUUAAAAAAAUUACAAGGUUGUCUUCAUCGAUGAGUCAUUUGACAAGAACUCAGGGAUGCACCAUGUUACAUACAUACAGAUGUUAAUUUUAUGCUUGUGAAUUAUAUUUCCUUCACCAGUAUGCAAGCUUGUGCUGAAACUUUAUCAGACCAGGUCAAGAUGAUAUAUGUUUUUAUUUGUGAGAUAAUGACUUGUUAUAAGAAUAUGCUACACCCCUACCCAAAGACGUCAAAGACUCCAUUAUAUAAAAAGCAGAAGAAAAUGUCAAAAACAGAAAUAAAUUG